AUGAAAUUGCAGUACAUACCAUAUACGGUGAAAGUAAAGUCAGGUGGCUCCUUGAACUUCCGGCUGUGUGAUACACGUGGUCUAGAAGAAUCCAUGGGUAUCGAUGUGCUAGAGUGUAACUAUCUUCUUGAUGGAAACGUACCAGCUUAUUACGAGUUGAAUCCUACAUCGCCAAUCAGUCCAAAGUAUCCAGGAUUCAAGUCUGACCCCAGCAUUAUGACAUUGUCCAUUGUGCAGUCUUCCCCAACUGUCAAGCAAGCUGUAGAGAAAGCAUCGCAAAUUCUUGGUCUUCCACGAGCUCACGUACUUCCUGUGAAGAAUUACGAGGACGAGGCUGAGUUGGACGACAACAUUGACAUUUUAGCUUUGUUGGCUCUUCGUAAGAUGCUGCAUUUUACCGAGGAUUUCAUGCAUAAUCUGAUCGACAAACGAAAUGAUGUGCAAGUCGAUAUGAAAAAAUUGAAGCUCGAAAACUGA